ACUGUUUCGGCACGUGUUUUUGGUGCGGAGCGCGGUUCAAGAAUUCAGGAUUUUCCUGAAAAUUGUGGAAAAAUUACCCAGCGAAAGGCUGUAAAUUGUUGUAUAUCUUGCACCAAAGAUAAAAAGAGUCAAGCGGAAAGUGGUAAAGUGUAGGUAGCGGUACAAACAGAGUUACUAUCAUGGGUCGACCAGGAUUCUCACCAAGAGGUGGCGGCGGUCGUGGAGGAGGCGGUGGCCGCGGAGGUGGCGGAGCACGAGGUGGAUUCGGCGGUGGCGGUCGCGGAGGAGGUGGUGGUGGUGGUGGUUUCGGUGGCCGUGGACGCGGUGGUCCAGGCGGUCGCGGUCGCGGUGGUCCUGGAGGGCGUGGACGCGGUGCCGGUGGACGAGGAGGUGGCGGCCGCGGUGGAAAGGCCGGCGGAUUCAAGGGAGGCAAAACCGUAGUCAUCGAACCGCAUCGUCACGAGGGCAUCUUCAUUGCGCGCGGAAAGGAAGAUGCCCUGGUCACGCUGAAUCUGGUACCGGGAUCGGAGGUUUACGGCGAGAAGCGGAUUUCCGUCGAGACCGAUGGCGAUAAGAAGGAGUACAGAGUGUGGAAUCCAUUCCGUUCGAAAUUGGCCGCAGCCGUGCUGGGAGGUGUUGACAAAAUUCACAUGCCACCGGGAUCGAAGGUGCUGUAUCUGGGAGCCGCUUCCGGUACUACCGUCUCGCACGUUUCGGACGUCGUCGGUCCCGAGGGGCUGGUGUAUGCCGUUGAGUUCUCGCACCGUUCCGGGCGCGAUCUGUUGAAUGUGGCCAAGAAGCGUACCAACAUUAUCCCCAUCAUCGAAGAUGCGCGCCAUCCGCACAAGUACCGGAUGCUGGUCGGCCUGGUCGAUACGAUAUUCGCGGACGUAGCCCAACCGGAUCAGGCCCGUAUCGUGGCCCUAAACGCUCACAAUUUCCUCAAGAACGGUGGUCACUUUGUGAUUUCGAUAAAGGCAUCGUGCGUCGAUUCGACAGCAGUACCGGAGGCAGUGUUUGCGUCCGAAGUCAAGAAGCUACAGUCGGAGAAGCUAAAGCCUCAGGAACAGAUCACGCUCGAGCCUUAUGAACGAGACCACGCCGUGGUGGUAGGAGUGUACCGGCCUCCACCGAAGAGUGCAGCGUAGACAGCCCUGAUGCUCGACGUUUCAUCCUUUGAUUUGGGUUUAUUUUAGCUGAUAAGAUACGAUACACUUCCUAUUGAAGCGUGCGCGCGCCCAUUAAGUACCGCGAAAGUCGAGGUACACAGAAUACAACAAUCACCAGGUGAAUCCGGACCCGCCUGGAUGGUGGGGAGUAGAUUCGAAGUUUUUCUUUUUUAAUUCAGUUAGCUUACAACUUGCGAGAAGUAAGACAACAGUACAGUACUUGUGGAAAUAAAUAGGACUUUAAUACAAUUAAUGCUGCCAAUCUAAGAGGAGCUGUCUUUCUC